AUGGCAGGCCUCCAGUCUAGAUCGGCCGUGGCCUUUCCUUUCUCCCUAUCUGCGGCUUUCCGCAGCCUGUCUGUGUCGACCCCGAAGCGUGCCUUCUCCACGACAUUCGCGCCGCAAUCCGGCAAGAAACUCCCGGAAGACGUCCCAUCCUAUCCCUACGGACCUCGACAAUGGUACAAGCAAGCCGAUACUGGUCUCUACGGAGGCUCAAUGAUUCGUUUCGGAAACAAGAUCUCCAAGGGCCGGAAUGAGGGAAAAACGCGACGAAGCUGGAAGCCCAACGUCCGCCGGAAGAAGAUGUGGAGCGAUGCGCUCCAAGAACACCUCUUUAUCAAGGUUACGCGCCGGGCGCUGCGCACGAUUAUGAGCGAGGGUGGUCUCGACAAGUACCUCCUAUCCGACCGGCCGGCUCGUCUCAAGGAGCUCGGCGUGUUCGGAUGGCAUCUGCGAUACCAGGUCAUGCAGAGCCCAACAAUUCAGGAGCAAUUCCGACAACAACGAGAGAAGAUGGGUCUUCCAGACCCCUUGUCAUUCGAGGAGUGGAUUAAGACCAAGGAGGAGGAGAUUGAGGCCAAGGUUGAAGAGAGACUCAAUAUCAAGGCCAUCACGAAGCCCCGUCCAAAGGGCCAGGGUGAUGCCCAGAACGAUGCCCGGAAAAUUGCGGCGGCGGAAGCAGCAGAGUGA